AUGGGAGACACCGCCGUCCUGGCUCUCAAUUCCCUCCUCCGAGCAGCAUCCAUCCAAGACCAUGCCGAGGCACUCGACCUCGCAACCGCCGCCCUGCGCGCUGCAAAGGGCCCUGGUGCCGAACUGGUCACAGCCCACCACACACGCGUGGUCGCACUCCUGAAGCUCGACCGCUUCGACGACGCCCUGCGCGCCAUUGCCGAGGGCGGCGAUGCCCUGGGCAACGCAUGCCUUUUCGAGAAGGCCUAUGCGCUGUACAAGACGGGGGACCUGGAGGCUGCCGAGACGGUCCUGCGGGAUGCUGGUGUUGUUGGCAAGGGGAGGCGCGCCGGUCGGGGCCUGAAGCACGUCGCCGGCCAGGUGGCCUAUCGUGCCGAGAAGUUUGAGCAGGCCGCCGCCAUAUACCGGGAGCUUGCUGCGGACGAGGACGGUGCGAACCAGGGCGAGGAGAACGACCUACGCAUCAACCUGGCUGCCACCAAUGCGCAGCUCGAGUGGCAAGGCAGGGGCUGGGCGGUACCAGAGCAGGAGAAGCAGCCCGGAAGGGAGGAUUCAGAGGCGUUCGAAACGUCCUACAAUGCUGCGUGUGGCUGCAUAUCCCGUGGCGACUUUGCCAAAGCUGCGGUCUUUCUCAAGCGCUCAAGAGAUCUGUGCGAGGCGACAGAGGAACUGAACGAGGACGAGAAGAAGGCAGAACUGGUGCCCAUCAUUGUGCAACAAGUAUAUGUCUUGAUGAAGCUCGGGAAAUUGGACGAGGCUGCCGCUCUCCAGAACUCCCUGGGCCUCGACGACAUCUCGGAUUCGUCAACUAAGGUCGUUGCUAGGACUAACGCCCUAGUCCUCCAAGCUGGGAGCAACCCAUACCUGACGCAGCGGCUGGCUAAGUCUUUGUCAGAAGGUAAAGGCAACAAUCGCCUGUUCGAGUAUCAAAGCUCCGUCCUGCGGCGCAACAAAUACGUCCUUGACCUCCAGGUGCAGAAAUUCCAUGGCGUUGAAAAGUCAACCUCCAGAAUCCUCUCCAAGGAGACCGUCCCCGCCAUUUCGAACUCCAAGUGCGACCUUGGGGUUCUCGGUGCUGCGGCUGCUUGUCAACUACAAGCUGGCCGAGAAGCCCUGCGGCAGAUCCUUCCUCUGCUCGAGACACGGCCAGACGAUGUCGGCCUCCUGCUCACCGUCAUCCAGCUUUACGUCCAAUUCCAGAACCCCGCUCCUGCCAUCAAUCUUCUCGAGGCAUUCUUCAAGCGCCUGAAGGCUGCUACGACACCAGACCACGCCGAUGUGCGCUUCGCCCCGGGCCUAGUCGCCCUAGCCGUCUCUCUGUACCGCACCCAAGGUCGGCACUCAGCAAUCCGCAACGAGCUCGCCAAGGCAGCGGCGCACUGGCAGGGAAAAACAGGCCAUGCCGCCUCCGGACCUGGCACUUCGCUCCUCCGAGAGGCGGGCAUCGAGCUGCUCCGCUCAUCCCACCCAGCCGACCUCGCAGCAGCAGGCGAAGCCUUCUCACAUCUCAUCGCCGCCCAACCCGAUGACCGCAUCGCAAAAGCAGGACUCGUCGCGAGCUUCGCAACAACCGAUUUUUCCAAGACGCAACCCUACCUCGACACCCUCCCCUCAGUCGAAGACCUCACCCGCGGCGUGGACGUAGGAGCUCUUCUCGAUGCCGGCGUUGCCGCGGCUCCCACGGCCGCCCAGGCUCAGCAGGCAAGAGGCAAGAAGCGGUCUCUCGACGAGGCGGAGGAGGCCGGCAAGGAGAAGCAGCAGCAACAGCCGGCCGCCAAGAAGCGCAGGAAGAGGAAGUUGCCCAAGUCGUACGACCCGGACAAGAAACCCGACCCGGAGCGGUGGCUGCCGCUUCGUGACCGCAGCAGUUACCGGCCCAAAGGCAAGAAGGGCAAGAAGCGGGCCGCCGAGGCGACGCAGGGUGGCGUCGUGCGCGAGGAAGAGACUCUCGAGCUUGCGGGCGGGGCUGGGUCUGUCAAGGUCGAGAAGGCGCUUGCCGCAGGCGGAGGCGGCGGAAAGAAGAAGAAGAAGGGGAAGAAAUGA